GUCAAGUCGUGCUGGACUGGCGCGAUAUCCUCGCACGGUCCACAACUCAAAAGAAGCCCGACACUCGCGUCAAAUCAUGCUUUUUAAAUGAUGGACCAUGCUGAUUUUAAAAGUUGACCAGGGAUUUCUCGUUGUGGGGUGUUUGCGAGGCAUGGCUUUCAUUUUAACUUGCUUAUUCCUCUCAUGUUAUAGUGCGAGCAGUGUUUUGGGGAAUCAACACAGUGACACCAGCAUCUAUUUGGAUAACAUCACGCGUAUAUUGGACAGAUUAUUGGAUGGCUAUGACAACAGGCUGCGACCUGGAUUUGGAGGUCCAGUCACAGAGGUUAAAACUGACAUCUUUGUCACCAGCUUUGGACCAGUGUCAGAUGUCGAGAUGGAAUACACCAUGGACGUGUUCUUUCGUCAGACGUGGAUUGACGAACGGUUAAAAUUCGAGGGUCCCAUUGAGAUCCUGCGGCUCAACAACCUGAUGGUCAGCAAGAUCUGGACGCCGGACACCUUUUUCCGGAAUGGCAAGAGGUCGAUCUCUCACAACAUGACCACCCCCAACAAGCUGUUCCGCAUCAUGCAGAACGGAACUAUCCUCUACACCAUGAGAUUAACUAUAAAUGCAGAGUGUCCAAUGCGUCUGAUGAACUUCCCGAUGGACGGCCAUGCCUGCCCGCUCAAGUUUGGGAGUUAUGCUUACCCCAUCAGUGAGAUCGUGUACACGUGGAAGAAAGGACCUCUGUCCUCCGUCGAGGUGCCACAGGAAUCUUCCAGUUUGCUGCAGUACGACCUGAUUGGUCAGACGGUGUCUAGCGAGAGGCUCAAGUCCAACACAGGUGAAUAUGUCAUCAUGACGGUCCACUUCCACCUACAAAGGAAAAUGGGCUUCUUCCUGAUCCAGACCUACAUUCCCUGUAUCAUGACCGUUAUCUUGGCCCAAGUCUCCUUCUGGAUUAACAAGGAAUCAGUUCCAGCUCGGACUGUGUUUGGUAUCACCACUGUCUUGACCAUGACAACACUCAGUAUCAGCGCCCGCCACUCUCUCCCCAAAGUUUCAUAUGCCACAGCCAUGGAUUGGUUCAUCGCCGUGUGCUUUGCUUUCGUCUUCUCUGCUCUGAUUGAGUUUGCGGCCGUCAACUACUUCUCCACCCUGCAAGCCAACAGGGAGCUGCGGAAGGCAGCGGCUAUGAAGGCGGCAGCUCAGGAGGCGGCGGCUGCAGCUGCAGCUCCGGCCGCAGCCACAGGGACCGACGGAGAAGUUUCCUCAGUGGAUGCCACUAGUGUGCUGAAGAAGAGGAUGAACUCCGCUCCGCUGUUUGACCGCCCAGCCAAAACGUUUCCCAACCCACCUGUCAAUGCCCAAGCCUUCCUGCAGCAGGGUUCAGCUGUGCCGGCCAACAAUGUUCUGACUGGCACUAGCAUCAUCGACAAAUACUCCCGCAUCCUCUUCCCCCUUUCGUUUGGCGCGUUCAACCUGGUCUACUGGAUCGUGUAUCUCACCAAGGACACCAUGGAGAUGUCCAGGGAUACCAUCUAAAAGAGUUUGUCCUGGAAAUCACACACACACACACACACACGUGCACAAUUAAUAGAUGACAGACACUUGCCAAGCACUCUUUCAUGCCGCCUCAGUGCAUUGUAUUUAUUUUUACAUACUCUCUUGGAGAGUGAGUGUUUUGAGGGCAGAUGCACCAGCUCCUCCUGCCAACGUGACCCAAGAGCUCACAGCCUGUGGGAACCAGGCUCUGGAACUAUUUCAAACAGGUACUGCAUCUCUCUUCGUCCCUCUCAUUUCAUCCCCAAGUAUUUGAGAAAAAAAAAAAAAUGUUUGACACUUUGUCAGUGUCCGUCCAGUGUCCCUUGCUCGAUGGGGGUGAUUUUUUCUGUAUGCGUGCAACAAGCAUGAAUAUCCACACUCAAGAGCAAAUUUACACGUGUUUGAAAUGACACUUUUCCCUCCCUGACAUUUGAGGGGAUGAGUGUACCAGUUGCACCGACUGCGGCCAGUGUGACUGACUAAUUUGAAAGAACUCUCUCACUCUUUGUUCAUUCUUCCGCUCUUCAUUUCCCACCCACAAAAAAACACUCUUUUUUUGGUUCAUGGGCUUAAUUUCCCUCUGCUGAUGGAGUACAGAGGAUGUGAAGCUAAAUCUUCAAAGAUAUUUUUACAGUGUGUACUGCAGAUAAAUUGGCUCGGUUAAAUAUUCAAUGUCACGUGCAUGUAAUAUAAUGGAGAAAUCUGCUCAUGCAAAUAUCAAAAAAUACGCACAUACCACUCACGUACACAUUAUUUUUUCCAAGAUUUUUAUGUUAACAGGAUUCCAUGUCCUGUAGCAUUAAAUAAGUCGUUGUGCUCCAUUUCUGGAAAAAUCUUGGAAAAAAGCUUUACCUGCCUACAAAGAAGAAAGAAAGUAAUCUAUUGCACGUGUACUACCUAGCAUAAGCAUAACGUUAUCUUGGCAGGAACCUGUCUUUGGAGAGAUUUAGGCCUUUUUAUUCCAUCGCUGAUAUAGUUUUCUUUAUAUCUUAAUUGUUUCUAUUGUAAUCAUCUUAAUUGGAGUUAAAUCAUUUCCACACAAAUUAUCUCUUGAGAUGGCAGCUCUGGCUUCUGGUGUUCUUUAUUAAAAAAAACUGCAUAAAACAGAAAGCUAAAGCUAUCAUCAUCAAUUAUACGAAAUGCCAAAACGUAUUCAUUAAUAAUCCACUUGGGCGGAUUUGCAUAUGAUUAUGCACUGUUUCCAAUUAAGUAGAGAGGGUAACAUGUUAAAGCCAUGUGGCGUCUAAAUAUAAGCAGUGUGUUUGCUUCCUCAUGACAUCCAUCAUCCACGAGGAUGCUCUCAUUAAAGGUGUCUCUUAUUAACACAGGCACCUUUUUAAAAUGAAAAGCCUGCAGUGUGCCAAAGGAUUACACACGUCCUGGAAUCUGUGCACUUCCUCUGGUUCUUUAGCUGAUGUUUGAUGAAACUUGUCAUGCAAACUACAAAAACUGUACAGUGAGAUAGUACUGAGAAGUGCCCCUGUUUUCUUUUAUAGUCUUAAAAAUGCUGAGAGCUCAAACAAAACAUGUUAUGAGAACGAGAGGAAGUGACUUUGUUUUGUACUUCUUUCAUACAGCGUCAUGAGUUUUUUUAUACCACUUGGGAAUCAAUCUCUUCAUUUGUUGUAAUGUUAUUAUGUUUACAUCUCAUGAGCACUUUGAUUUGUGAACAGAGCCACAUGGUUCAACAGCCAGUGAUAUAUCAAUAGCGCAUGAUUACAACUGGUCAUCUUAUACAUGAUUUUUCUUCUUUUUUUGGAAGAAUAAAUAUAUGCAAUGAAAUUUAAAAAAUGUAAUAUAGAUUCUAGUUGGAGCCUUAAAAUUGGAAUCUGUUGCUUAAAAGCAUUUCCUGAUGUUGCAAAGCUUUCAUGGACUGGUUGCAAACAAGCAAUUCUAUCGCCAGACAACACCAUCAAUAUUUGAAAAAUCUGUAAAAACUUCAUCCAGUGCCAAGGAUUUUAAAUCAUCGCUUUCUUCAUCUGUGCAUGGCAGCUAAUGAUGUCACUGAAACUCUGAGGGGUUCGAGGUUACAAAUGAAAAUCUCCCGUUAUUAUCAGACACUCGACUGUGAAUCUUUGUUGAGUCAACGUUGGAAUGAAGUGUAACUAUGGCCUUGUGUCGUCAGUUUUUGGAGCGCAAAGGAUUUGCUAAUUUUAAGACCUGUUGUUGCAUGUUUUUUCUCCUAUGUGUACACCAGUGGACUAAAGUAACAGUGGUGUCAGACUGUGUGAAGUGUCCUCCCUCUUUCUCCGCUUCAUUCAUCACCCUCCUCUCCCUCUGUCAGUGAGGCAGAGGCUGAAGAGACAGGGCUCCUCAGCUCUUGUUGUCCUGUAUGUCAGCCCCUGUUGUGGGUAAACCUGACUGCCAGCAAACUCAGAGCGCCACACAACUGCUGGCUCCACCACCCAGUGGAGCCUCGGAAAACUGACGACCUCCCUCCUCCAGAGUGUCGUCCUGCAGAACAAACUUCAGUUGAAUAGCAAAACAGAAAAACGCUGCGGUGAGUGCGUGUGUGUGUGUUUGCAGUUUCUCUUCUCUUUUUCUUUUUUUUCUUUUACACGACUGAGCUCAUUUGCUUUUAUCAGCGACCCGUUUGAUCUGCCCUCUGACCCCAGCCUAGCUCCGCAGCUCCAUCGCACCACUGGGAAAACCGCACUUGCAUGACCUCCAACCCUUUAUGUGCUUGUUAGGGUUGCUGAAUGUAGAAGGUUGUGAACUCCAUAGAAUAUAGAAUUCUAUUGCUAUGGUGACUGCAGCCAUAAAACCGUUCUUUAUUCACUUUGUUUCAUGUCAUUCCACAGGCAUGAGCUUUAUCGAUUCUUUCAUUUAGCCAGUUUUAAUUCGUUUCGACACUGUCCUCUGCCUAGAAACUGUGGAAGCAAUUUAGAAGACGAUGAAUGCUUAACAUUGUUAUUAUUUUGUGUAUAUUUUGUGAAUAUUAUUAAGUAUUUCUGUAGGUUGCUGUUUGUAUUCCAGCUGUAUAACCCUGCUUGAUGAUCUGCGUUAGCCAUACUGGUUUGAAUGACAAACCACAACUUUUGUAAUGUGGGAGUUUAGUUCCUCCUCAUGUGCUCCGUGUACACAUCGCUCUCUAUUAGUUUCUACUGUCAUGAUGAUCGCCUGCUUUAUUGCAACAUAAAAAGAUAUUUGCAUAUUCAGGUGUUUUGUCCCCCGAAUUAAUGAAGAAGAGUAAAUAUAAUAAAUCGCCUAAAUUAGCCCCCACUCACUUUUCCCACAGAAUUGUAUAUUACUGUAUUCAAUAAAGAUAAUUAUGUAUUUCUCUCCUCCCAAGUCUUCUUGUGUAAAACCACCAUUCUGUGUUUUAAAGUAACAAGUGGGGCGUCGCUCCUUGUGGGAUCUUGAAAAUACAGUCUUUGUUGUAAGAUGUUGAAGAUGCAGUCUCUGAAGGCCUCCUUCGCCGUGUGUUCUUUUUAUUAUUGUUGCCUCUAUUUGUGUUAUGUGACAUGUAUGCAUAAAAAAAACCCCACAAACACGA